AUGCAAGGGCAUAAAGAACAAAUCUGCAGAAACAAAGCAAGGGAGGACAGAAUCAAAGCUCAAAUUUUGGAAGACAAACAAAGGCAGAAACAAGAAACCAAAAUCAAUGAUGAUGGAUUCACAACAGUUACCAAGAAAGGAAAAUACAAUAAUCAAAAGAAAGAGGAAAAAGCUCAAAACAACACUAACAGCAACAAACAAGAGGUUUCAAAUAACAAGACUGAUAGACAGAAAACCAAAACCAAGCAUGAUCAUGGAUACAAGGAGCAACAACAAAAUAUGAAGGACCAGACUCACAGGGAAGACAGUAGUAACAACAAGAAGAUACAGGGCAAGGAGAUCCAAGAAAAGGCCCCAACUCAACAACAAAAACAGGAUAUAACACAAGGAAUGAAAGAAACCAACGACAAUAACAAAGGGAGGACACAAAAACAGCAAAUUCAAGAGCAGCAGGAAACAGUUCACCUUAAUACAAAAGCUGAAAAUACAAGGAAAGCAAAAUCUAAAGAAAAUACCAACAACAAUGCGGAGGUUAGGAGACAACAUCAAGAUAUCACCAACAACACCAAGAACAAUAUAUUUCAAAAGGAGGGGCACAGGGUCAGUAGCAUCAAUAACAAUACCAACAACUAUCAAAAUGAGGGAGACAAAAGGACACAAGACAGUAGCAGAGCUGACAAAUACAGAAUUAAUCACAAGGAAUUGGAAGAGGAGAAGAACAACAACAACAUGAGCAAGAGAAAGAUCAAAAGAAUAGAAAAGCAAAAAAGAAAAAACAUCAGGGACGUUAGUGAGAUGAAGAAAAGUGAAGAACACAGUGAAUCAGAAUCGGAGGGACAAAUAAUUAAACAACAUCAGGACAAAUACAAAAGGGAGGGGAACAAAAACACAGAACAAGGCAGAAAUAACAUCACAGAGGAAGACAUGGAUGACAUUCUCAGUGAUGAGUAUGAGGAUGACAUAGGACAAGGAGAAGAGGAGUCAUAUUAUAAUUCAGCUACUGAUUCAGAAGAGGAUGAAGGCCAAAAAGACUCUGACAGUGAUGCAGUUACAGAUAGUCUAUCGGAAGCUUUUACUGACUACCAUCCAACAGAUGAAGUUGAUGAGGCUUUUGGAGAUAUAACUGAUAGGGUCAACUUAUCACCAAGAGGGGAAACAUCAACAUAUAGAGGCAGAGGGGGAAGAAGUUACAAAUAUGCAGGAAUCUCAACUAGGAGGGUUAAGGCUAUCUCAGAUAUCAAAUGA